AUGGAAGAAAAAGAUGAAAACAAAAUUGUAGACGAACGAUUUCAAUUGAAUGACAAGUUAUGGCAAGAAGUAAAAAGAGAAGAAUCAAAAAGAGGAAUAAUUUAUUUAUCUUAUGUUCCCAUUGGAUUAAGUAUAUCUAAAAUAAGAGAAAUAUUUUGUAAAUAUGGUGAUGUGGAUAAAAUCCAUUUAAAUAAAAUAAAUGAAGAGGAUAUGAAUAUUAUGUCCAAAGGGAAAAAUGAAGAAAAAAAAGAAAAGAAAAAAAGAAAUAAGAAUAAAUAUCAAGAUGGAUAUAUAGAAUUUCUGAAUAAAAAAGAUGCUAUAAAAGUAGAAAGUUUAUUAAAUAAUCAACCUAUUGGAGGGAAAAAAAGAAAAAAUAUAUUAAGAGAACAUUUUUGGCAUAUUAAAUAUAUAAAGAAUAUGACAUGGAAUGAUCUAAUUUCUUCUGUUCUAUUUAGGAAUAUAUCUAGAAAAGACAAAUUACAAUAUUCUUUAAAAAAUAUGUAUAAAAGUUAUGAUGAAUUUUUACAAAAAAAUAUAAACGACCAUAAUAAGAAGAUUAAGAAAAGGAAAUAUUCAUCAGAGCCAGAAGGCACCAAAAAAUUGAACUUUCUUACAAUAAAAAAAAGUAAAGAAGGAAAUGAAGAAAAAAAUAAUAUGAACUUUGAAACGAUGAAGAAUAUAACGCACGAGGAAAAAAAUGUAAAGACUGAGGUUAAAGAUAAGGGGAAAACAGUUUCAUCUAAUUUGUUAAAAUGUUUUAUGUAA